AUGCGUCAAUUCACUCACGAUAGCGUCAAGGCAGUUCAUCUUCCUCGUACAACCGCAUGGGGUCAUCGCGCAGCCCUGCAAUCAACAAUGCCCUCGCUAAAGGGUCUGAAGUACGAUCUUACCAGGGUUCCUCUCGAAUCAACGACUCUUGCCUGUAUCGACCAAAACACUCUUCGAAUGAUACACCAAAGCCUUCCGCACCUUCAUUCACUAGUUAUUUACCAACUGGACAGAGAUACUUUCGUGUUGGAACACGGUCCUAUUACGAAGAAACCGAGGCUGCCUAAUUUUAGUGACCAGGUUGCACAGCUCAUUGGGCGCCUCAAGGAAAUGCAGCAAUUGCGACGUUUCGCAUUCGCGUUCGACAAAAAGUGGAUGAUUCAGGAGUACAGCCUGGAAGCUUUGCUCGAGCUCAAUGCAAGACUGCGCCAGGCCGAUUCGGCCCCUUCUGCUUCCGAGGACAUUGAUUGGAUCCAUUAUUACGCAUCUGGUGCCCAAGAUCAUGAGUGGCAUUCAAAUCUCAUUACUCAUAUCCUCGAAGCCGUUCCGCAGCUCAAGGAGCUUUGUGUCCUCCCACCUGGCUCAAGAUUCUAUCGAGGCACUAAGACUGAGGGCGUCGUCUCAUUUCGUCGAGUCAACCCAGGUGAUCCGGGAGAGGAAUCUCGAUUUCCUAACCGUUUUCUGGAUCAAGAAAGCUGA